CCGGAAAUAGGUUUUUUUCUUUAUUUGGGGGACCGUUUCAUUGUAUAGGAAGUUUUGAGACGUUGCCUUUUUGCUGGUGUGAUCGGAUAUCGAAUACAUGGAUUAUGUAAUACGUUAAGCCAAUCAAAAUGCGUUGACUGUGGACCCUGGGCUUAAGUAAUCGGUCUGUAACAGAAAUAAAAUAUAAACCCUUGACCUUUUUUUUUCCUUUCUCCUUUUUCUCCUCUCUUCUUUUCCCUUUUAUACAGUCAUACACAAAUAUAUUUCUCUCUAUCCAUCAUGUCUGAUAAAAUCUAUAAAAUCAUCAACGCCCGAUUAUUAAUCAACCAUCAAAUUGUAGAAAAUGAAUAUCUUUGGUUUCAACAUGGCAAGAUUAUUCAUCCUCAAAGUUUAUUCUUUGAAGCUCAUCGAGACGCUGAUGAAAUCAUCGAUGCAGAAGGUGCAUUAGUAGCUCCUGGUUUUAUCGAUACUCAAAUCAAUGGUGGUUAUGGUAUUGACUUUGCUGAUUAUGAAGCUCCUGUAGAACAAAUUCAAAAGGAUAUUGAUACUGUGGCAAAAGGAUUACUUCAAUACGGCUGUACUGCGUUUUGUCCAACUGUUGUUAGUUCAGAACCCGCUGUUUACGAAAAAGUCUUACCGUUACUGAAUCAACGAAAAGGAUCUGCUAAAGGUGGUGCUGAAAUUCUUGGCGCUCAUAUCGAAGGACCAUUUAUCUCCAUUGAAAAGAAAGGUGCUCAUAAACAACAAGUCUUUCGUAAUGCAAAGAAUGGUAUUGCCGACUUUGACGAAGCUUAUGGUUCUGAAUUGAAGAAAGGAAACAAGGCAGUCAGUAUUAUUACCAUGGCUCCUGAAAUUGAAGGUGUUACUGAUGCUAUUCCUGAUUUGGUUUCUCGAGGCAUCACUGUAGCAAUGGGACAUACCAAUUGUCGAAUUGCUGAAGCAGAACUGGCUGUUACCAAAGGUGCUACUAGUAUUACUCAUUUAUUCAACGCUAUGCAAGCAUUCCAUCAUCGUGACCCAGGAUUAGUGGGUGUCCUUGGAGCAGCUGACUUACCAUUACCGGAAAUUGCACAACGUCAUCCUGAACCUUCAUCUACGUCUCCUUGUCGAAACAAACCUGAUCCACGACCUUUCUAUGGUAUUAUUUGUGACGGUGUGCAUGUUCAUCCUAAUUCUAUUCGUAUUGCGUAUUAUUCUCAUCCACGUGGCGCUGUUCUUGUCACUGAUGCUUUAUCUGCUAUGGGAUUACCAAAAGGUAUCUAUACUUUAGGUGGUCGUGAUGUAGAAGUGGAUGCAAGUGGAGCGUGUUACAUCAAAGGAACAAGAACAUUGGCCGGAAGAUAUACAAGAGAUUCAAUAUUUUUCUUUUAUAUUAGUACGGUGACCAUAGAUGAAUGUGUUAGAAAUUUCCAAAAAUUCACCAAUUGUACCAUUGUGGAAGCUCUGGAAGCCGCUGCUCUUCAUCCUGCUAGACUUCUGGGUAUUGAUGACCGAAAAGGAACAUUGAACGCUGGUGCUGAUGCUGAUUUUGUAUUCUUGGAUGAUUCUACUGGCGAAGUCUUUGUCAAACAAGUCUAUGUUGCUGGUGAACGAGUAGAAUUGAAAUAA